AUUUCUUUGACAUUUCAAAAUUCAAAUGUCUUUUUCGGGCAGUGUUGUGUAAUAAUUUUACAAAAAUAUUAAUUAAUUAAAAAUGCUGUCCUACAAAUACUACGACACUCCAGAGGGACACGAUGUGUUUAAAAAGACAAUCGUAACAGGCAAAUACGCGGCGCUAGUGGGGCUGGGUACCGCUACAGCGGAUGUUUUGAUGUACUCUCAUCCAAAGGGAUUCUUUAACACUGGUUUCCGUUAUGCUUACUUUAUUGGACCCUUAGUGGGUAUGGCAACAGCUUUUACUGUGACUGCUAACUAUGCUCACAACAUACGAGGAAAGGACGAUAAGAUUAACUACUUCUUAGGCGGUGUAGCAUCUGGAGCAGUCUUUGGUGCAUGGCAGAGGUCGCUAAGCAUCGGAGUCCCUACAGCAGUGCUUCUGGGAGUGGUAGCCAUCACUAAGAAGAUGAGCAUAGAGGAUAACUGGAGUCUCUUCCCAGGGUUCAAUCCCGCUUCCAAAUCUAUCAAGUCUGUGAAACAUGAUUGGACCUUGGUCAAAGACCUUGAUGAAUUGAAGACCUGGACUAAGGGUAACUAACUAAUCUUACAAGAAAGGACAUAGGAAUGAAUAGCAUGUAAAUACAUUGAAUUUUUAAUUUAAUAAGUUUAAUUACUGUGAAAUAUAUGGAUGUGAUGACCACCAA